AUGGCGGCCUCCAUGUGCGACGUGUUCUCCUUCUGCGUGGGUGUGGCGGGCCCGGCCCGGGUCGCAGUGGAAGUCCGCUUCGUGAGCAGCGCCAAGGGAAAGGGGCUGUUUGCCACACAGCUGAUCCGGAAGGGGGAGACCAUAUUCGUAGAACGGCCCCUGGUAGCUGCGCAGUUUCUCUGGAAUGCACUUUAUCGCUACCGAGCCUGUGACCACUGUCUUCGGGCACUGGAGAAGGCAGAGGAAAACGCGCAGAGACUGACUGGGAAGCCAGGCCAGGUUCUGCCGCACCCCGAGCUGUGCACUGUGCGCAAAGACCUGCACCAGAACUGCCCCCACUGCCGGGUGACGUACUGCAGUGCAGAAUGUCGACUGGCCGCGGCUGAGCAAUACCAUCAGAUCCUGUGCCCGGGCCCCUCCCAGGAUGACCCCGCGCAUCCUCUCAAUAAGCUGCAGGAGGCCUGGAGGAGUGUUCACUACCCCCCUGAGACUGCAAGCAUCAUGUUGAUGGCCCGGAUGGUGGCCACAGUGAAACAGGCUAAGGAUAAGGAUCGUUGGAUCAGGCUCUUCUCCCAGUUCUGUAAUAAAACUGCUAAUGAGGAGGAGGAAAUUGUCCAUAAACUCCUAGGGGACAAAUUCAAGGGUCAGCUGGAGCUACUGCGGAGACUCUUCACAGAGGCGCUUUAUGAAGAAGCACUCAGCCAGUGGUUCACUCCAGAUGGAUUCCGGUCUCUCUUUGCUCUUGUUGGGACCAAUGGCCAAGGAAUUGGGACCAGCUCCCUGAGCCAGUGGGUCCAUGCCUGUGAUGCUCUGGAGCUGAAGCCUCAGGACCGUGAGCAGCUGGAUGCCUUCAUUGACCAGCUGUACAAGGACAUCGAGGCAGCAACCGGCGAGUUUCUUAACUGUGAAGGAUCUGGCCUCUUUAUGCUGCAGAGCUGCUGCAACCACAGCUGUGUCCCCAAUGCAGAGACCUCCUUCCCAGAAAACAACUUCCUUUUGCAUGUCACCGCCCUGGAGGAUAUUAAGCCAGGAGAGGAAAUCUGCAUCAGCUACUUAGACUGCUGUCAGCGGGAGCGCAGCCGCCACAGCCGCCACAAGAUCCUCAGGGAGAACUAUCUGUUCGUCUGUUCCUGCCCCAAAUGUCUGGCAGAGGCCGAUGAGCCCAACAUGACCUCUGAGGAGGAGGAGGAGGAGGAGGAGGAGGAGGAGGAGGAGGAAGGCGAGCCGGAAGACGCCGAGCUGGGGGAUGAGAUGACUGAUGUGUGA